AUGGAGGACCUGGACCUCCAGGUCCGCUUCCCGCCGCCCUUCGAGGCGCCCUGCCGGGCGGAGGAGCAGCCGCUCCUCGCGGCUCGGCCGGAGCCGAGCUUCAAGCGCCGGAGAAGACGACAAGAGUUUGGCGUGCUGCUCGUUGCCGUGGGCGCGAUCGCGGUCACGGUCGCCGCGCGGCGGGACUCGUCGUCGUCGGAUGGGUCGCUGCUCUCGACGCUGACGGGGGCGCUGCAGCGGAGCAGCGGCGGCGGGACCGGCGCGCUCGGCCGCGGCUCCGACGGCGCACUCGGCGGCGCGGACCCGGACUCGCGACGAACGCGACGACGGGUGUACCCCACGCCGGAGCCCAGCGCCGCGCCGUCGGCCGCGAGCGCGGAGCGGGAGCGGUCGCGCCACGCGGUGCACACGCAUAGGACACGGCACUACCACGCGGAAGCGGGGUCGUCGUACUCGUACUUGUACGACGACGACGAGACGUACUCCUACGCCUUCGUCGACGACGACGACAGCGCGUCGACGGACGACGACGGCGGCGGCUACUUGGCGACGAGCUACUCCUUCUACUACGACGCGUCGAGCUACGGCAGCUACAGCUUCGACGACGAUAGCAGCACGCCCGGGCCGACGAUGCUGCCGUGGCCCGCGCCGUCGGGGAGCCCGACGCCCGUUGCGACCGGCGCCUGA